CCAGCUUGCAACGCUGCACUCUGCCGCCGACCUCUCACCUUCGCCACCGCGUGAUCCCGAAGCCUUCCACCUAAAGCAAUCGCUCUUAGUCAUCCCAUCUCCAUUUGCGCCCUUCCACAUGAAAAGAGCUUAAUCACUGCGUCGUUCAUAUACUGAGACGCAACCAAGAAGGCCAAAACCGACCCGUCACCUCUUUGGCCAGCCGAGGAGGACAAGCAACGAGAUGGGAAGGAAGCUGGACAUUCUUCUCGGGAGGACAUCGAGGCAGACGUCCAAGCUGAAGACCUUCCUGGGUCUCACCGUCUCCCGCCUCGCCGUCCUCCGCAACCACCGGCAGGUCCGGCGGGACCAGGCGCGCGGCGACGUCGUCCAGCUCCUCCAGCUCGGCCAUGUCGACCGCGCCCUCCUCCGAGUGGAGCAUGUGAUCAAGGAGCAGAACAUGUUGGAUGUGUUCGUGAUGAUAGAACACUACUGCCAUCUUCUCACAGAGAGGGCCCCGCUCCUGGAUCGCAAGGAGUGCCCGGAGGAGCUGCGGGAGGCGAUCUCGAGCCUGGUCUUCGCCGCGUCGAGAUGCGCGGAACUGCCGGAGCUCGAUAAGGCCCGUGGCAUCUUCUCCUCCAGGUAUGGGAAGGAACUCGUGUCUGCUGCCGUCGAGCUGCGAAACAAUUGCUGUGUCGAUCCUAAGAUGAUUCAGAAACUGUCAACCAGGCAACCAAGCUUGGAAAUUAGGCACAGGGUGAUAAAGGAGAUUGCCGCUGAGAUAGGCAUCAAGCUGGAAUUCUCCGAGUCUUCUGAAACUGCAGAGGGGAAUUCGAUGGUCAGCCCACCAACUCAUCUCAACCUGGAGCAACUUGAAUCGGAUGAUAAUCCUGCAUUUAGGAGCCAUCAGAAGUAUGAUGAUGUGGCCAGUGCAGCACAGGCUGCCUUUGAGUCAGCUGCUUUUGCUGCGGCAGCUGCAAGGGCUGCAGUGGAACUCUGUCGAUCGGAGUCCCAAGAAAAAGGCUCUGCUGAUGAGAGUAAAGCUGGUAGCCAGAAGAGAAGUGAUAUCAACGGAUCCGAGAGUGUUGAGAUUGAGAAUUCUGCUGACAGCAAAAACUUUGAGAAGAUCCACCAUGAUCAGAACUCUGGCUCGGAUUCAGAUGAGGGAAUGAAAGCAAAACAGGAUGAUUUGCUUCACAAGGAAAGAAUCAGGGAGAGGUUCGAGAUGCAGCUACAGAGAUCAUCUUCGUCGAUCUCAGAUGCCAGUGACGAAGAUAAUGCAGGUUCGAGUGAGCAGCACUCAGCAGGAUUCAGAGGAAAGAAUAUUUUGUUUGAUGAAAGUGACAAUGAGGAAGAGAAGGAUAGGGGUUUAGGAACGAAUUUACCAUAUGCAAGCCAUGAAGAACUGAGUCCAGCAGGAAGAAUCGGCUAUGUUGUCCAAGCACAGCGGCAGUUUGAUGCAUCCUUGGAUGACAGCAAACCUGGCAAGCAUCAAAUAUACUACAGAAGAAAUGAAACAAGAAACAGUGAAAUGAACAACAAUUCAUUGCAUGAAGAGACGCACAAAGUGGGAUCAAGAUCAGGAACUGAGAGCAAUUAUUCAACGUAUAACAAUGCAGAGAAAACUUACCUGGAUUCCUCAAGUACAAUGCGCCCAUUGAAUUUGAGUUCAGGAAAAAAACCCAUCUCAGUGAGGACCCGAAGAGGACUUUAGGUGCAAGCACUUGGGUUUGAAGGACAAGAAAUGAGCUUUAAAUAAAAUUUAAGUAGUAGGCUCUUUUCUUUGGACAAUCUGAGAAUGUAAACUCCAUCUUUGACUUUGUUUUAGUGGCAACUGAAAUCUAGAGUGGGUGUGGAUUGUAGAAAAAUCAAGCUGAGAGUCUGUGAAUUGCAGUAAAAUUUUGCUCAUGUAUGUCAUCUUAUGCAAAAAUAAAGGUGUGAUUGGUUGCAGUUACGGCA